ACGCGCUCGCUCGCCCCUCUCUCUCUCUCUCUCUCUCUUCGCGUCUCUGAGUUUAUUCUUAUUUCCUCCGACCAAGAAGACCGCCUUUUUUUGGUUCUUCUUCAAGAUUCUCCUCCAUCUAUUUUAGGGUUAGGGUUUUCCUUAAGCGUGUCCUCUUUGACGAACAAAAUGUUGCAGAGAACCCUCCUCAGCUCUAUUCCCGACUUGUCCAAUUUAUCCCUUGAAGCUAGGUCAAGCAUGGCUUGAAUCACCUUUUUCUGGUGGCAGCCCUGGGAUGGAAAUGUAUAAUAUUUCUGAACAUGGAAAUGCAGAAGCAUAUCUGAUUCAAGGUACCGAGUCAUACCCACAUUUAACAAAUCCACCUCUUGAACAACUUGAAGUCAUGUAUAACGAAGGAGCCCAGGAGUUUGUUGUUGAACAGGGCUUGUAUUACCCUACUGCCACCAAUUAUGGGUACAUCUGUACAGGAUUUGAAUCAUCUGGCGAUUGGGAUGACCAUCAUAGGAUUUUUGGUUUGGAUGGUCAAGAAGUUCAGUACACGGGGGCGCAAACUGAAGGUUUGCCAUAUGUAUAUUAUACACCUAGCUAUGGGUAUGCACAGUCCCCAUACAAUCCGUACAACCCUUACAUUCCUGGAGCUAUGAUAGGAGUUGAUGGCCCAUUUGCAGGGACGCAGCAGUGUUACACCAUCCCAUCUUAUGAAAACCCUUUGUCUCCACCUGCAUACUUCCCCAUGGUUGUCCAAUCGGGCCCAGAGAUCAUCUCAAGUAGCACAACCGAACCCUUCUUAGAUACUGGAGCAUUUACCACAUAUCGAGCUGAUGGACCAGGUUUGAAAAGUAACCUGUCUUCAGCAUCUGCAGCCUUUGCUCGGUCUGCCGCAAAGCCUGCUUCAAGUACCCGUUCUUUUGCAAGGGUAUCAGAAGGCCCUAAAGCUAAUGCUGGACCAAGUAAGCUACCUGCAGCUCAUGGAAAUGUUACUUCCAGCAGUUUUUCCGGUUUGGCGUCAACACAAGUACAGGGCAGGGGUUCCCAAGCUGUAGAUAGCAUUUCUCAUGGGAAAGCAUACCAACUAAAAAUGGCGCUCUCAUCCAGUAACGGCUUGUCUACAUACGGUUCAAGUAUUCAUGGCCGGGCUACAGUGGAAAAGAUAAAGUCCAAGUUCCAGAAUGGCAGCCUCUCGAAUGAUGUAAAUGGUGGUCCGGAUGCAUUGACUGAACAGAAUCGCGGCCCGAGAAUCAACAAAUCUAGAAAUCAUUUGGCUGUCAAAGCUUAUACAACCAGAGCUGGAGAGAGUGAUGCACAAGGAAACAUUGUUGUCUAUACUGAUGAGUAUAACAGGGAUGAUUUUCCGUUAGAUUAUUUGCAUGCAAAGUUUUUUGUAAUCAAAUCAUACAGCGAGGAUGAUGUGCACAAGAGUAUUAAGUAUAAUGUGUGGUCAUCUACACCAAAUGGAAACAAGAAGCUGCAGUGUAUAUAUGAAGAUGCCCAGAGAAUAGCUGCUGGAAAUCCAAGAGGCUGUCCUGUCUUCCUGUUCUUUUCUGUUAAUGCUAGUGGCCAGUUCUGUGGUGUUGCAGAAAUGAUCGGUCCUGUUGACUUCCGUAAAGAUAUGGAUUUCUGGCAGCAAGAUAAAUGGAGUGGAAGCUUCCCUGUGAAGUGGCACAUUAUUAAAGAUCUACCAAACCCCAACUUUAGGCACAUCAUUUUAGAGAAUAAUGAGAAUAAACCAGUAACUAACAGCAGAGAUACGCAAGAGAUAUGGUAUAAGCAAGGUAUUGAGAUGCUUAAAAUAUUCAAAAACUACACAUUGAGGACAUCUUUACUGGAUGACUUUAUGUACUACGAGAAUCGGCAGAAGCUCAUGCAAGAGGAGAAACCUAGGUUCCUGGUCAAAACCUAUGCAGGUUCAUUCAUUAUACCUGCAUUAGAUCCUCCCCGGAAGCAGAAUUUUCUGGUUGACAUGCCUUCUAGUGGAGAUGAGAAAGCUACCGAGCGUAAUGGGCCUCCUAGUGUGAAAAAGAGACUGGACUGUACAGAUCAGGUUUCUUUGGAUCCUGAUGUCAGCAGCUCAUGUAUUGUGAAGGAAAAUGCUAAGCACAUUGCGGACGAAUCAAAGCAUGAUGAUGUAUCGUCUUUAAAGAUUGGUUCACUAACUAUAAGUCCUAAGCAGGCUGAAACUAAACCUUUGGAGGUUCCCUCUAAUGUUGGUACAAUAGACACUAAACCAGUUGACAUUGUCACAGUGGGCUCGAUGCCUGUUAGAGUUAAUGGCUUUGGCGACUCCUCUGGUUUUGUUACAGUCGGGACCAUUCCACUUGAUCCUAGAGCCUUACUGAUUGAUGAAGCUGGAGGAGUUAAAAGUGGAUCUUGAAUUUUAUGCUGCAGAGGUAUACCCGAUUAUGCGGAAGCUGUGCAGCAUUGCAAUAUCGUAACAUCAGUACUCCAGGUCUUCCGUUGUAAACUUGAAUUUUAUUGUUCUGUUUGGUUUGUCUUUGUUGUUUCUUUUGCAGUACUACUUUCGAGUUUGUCUGCUGUAAGUUCUGUUCAGCAGUUACUGAUGUUGAGGGUUUUUGCGGGGUAUAAUGGUGGUAUUGACUGAUUUUAAUUGGAAUACAGUGUGUAAACGUUAAGAAUUUCUCACCUUUUAUCAAUGAAUUCAAGAUAUGGAUAGUUUUAUUUUCUUGCUGA